GUGACAACGAAUGGGCAGGAAAUGUAAAGCUCCAUAAACCAACAGUGAAAUCGGUGUGCAUAGGUGAAAAUGCUACACACACCUGUAAUGUUGAAAACAGUGAAGAUUUAACAGUAACCUGGUCAAAAGUAAAGCAAAUCAUCCAGGGACAAAAUACAAAUCAACUAUCCUUGACACCCACACAAGUAAAGGAAAGUAACCUGUUUUCAUGCAAAGUGGCCAAUCCUGUCAACACAGCACAGAGUGAGAAAAUAGCAGUCCAAUAUACAUUGUGUGAGGAUUCACUCAAGAGGGAGAAGAUGAUCUCGAGCACCAUGGAAACAAACAAUUCUGGUAAAAGCUCAGUUGGUCCAGAGCUCUUUGGCUUUGAUUUCUGGAUGAUGGUGAGCAUUCUAGCUGGUGGAGGAGCUCUUCUACUGCUUCUAUUAUCUGUUCUGGUGAUCUGUGCUUGUUGUAGCUAUAAACGACGGGAGAAACACCAGCAAGAUGAAGAGGAGCUCAGGCAGAGAAAUCUUCACGCUUCACCUCCAUCUGGACAACACAGAUCCAAAAACACUGUGAGGGGGCGACCGGCACCCCCCCUACCGCAAGAAGAACCCAUUAACUGCGGCCCGACCACACAAGGCCCACCUCAAACCCAAGCUCAACCCAAAGCCCAUGUCCAUGCUCAUCCUCCACCACCCCCUCAGGAUGAAGAUGAAGAAAAUCUUCCUCCGUUACCUCAACCCAUGAAAAAACAUCACCGGGAGAGGAGGAAUCAAGAGCUAUACUGACCAGUGGAAUGAGAUGCCAGACCAACUGAUGGGUAAUAAAAUGGAACUCUUGGUGGAAUGACUUGCAUUGAUUUUUAAAGCCAUAUUUUGAUGGUAAGAACAUCUUUAAGGGUGCACGAAGUAAUUUAAUGGGCUAUAUUUGAAAUAGCAUACUACCAUACUACAAUGCAAGAUGAUCAAAUUGUCCUUCCAUUUAUGACGAAUGAAUUAAUAGCAACUGUGAUUUUUAUCAGUUUUAUCCAUUUCGUGACUCAUUAUUUGAUCAGAGUGACACACUUACCCAAAAUGGGAACAAAAAUGCUAAAUAACCCCCCACAAUGAAAAAAUCAUUUUCGUAGACUAAUGCCAACUUUUACUUGAUAUUUUUCUUAAAUAGUAGGCAGUAUACAGUGUAUACUGCACCAUAUUCAGUAAGCAAGCUAGUAUUUCAUUCCAUAUAUAGCCAUGUUUAUGUUUCACGGGCUAAACAAUUAACUUGAUCAGCUUUGUAAGGCACAGCUGGUCAUGUGAUUGUAACAUGGUGGCCAGCAUGAGAACGAACCACCCUUAUGUUAUGUUGAAUAAAACAGCUUUUUCUAGGCCAGUAAUAUGACUGAAUUCUUUAAUGAGUGUACAUAAUUUAAAAAAAAAUUACUAUUCUUUUUUUUUUUGUUUUGUUUUUUUUUUUUUUAAGAAGUAAAAAAUAAAUAAAUAAAUAAUAAAUUGGCGCACCUUUAAGUAGUAGUGUUUUGUUAAUCUAAGAGCAGGUUGUUGCACAUUGAAAUUUGUCUAGGUAUACCAAUCUUUCACAAAAGAAUUCCUCCUGAAAAAUGUGCAAAGAUGUGCAAAGUAAGUGGUUUUGUGGUUAGCACACAACUGUGGGAGAAACAUUCUAUUGUUUGCUCUCUACCUGUGUAUGGGAGAUGUUUCUUACACUUAAAGCGAUAGUUCACCCAAAAUGAAACUUCUGUUAAUAUUUAGUCACCAUCAAGUUGUUCCAACGUUGUAUUACUCUCUUCUGUAAAACACAAAAGGAGAUGUUAGGCAGAAUGUUAAGGACUAUAUACCGCAGAAUUGUUCUAAGUAGUUAAAGUUAACCAUAAUUGUGCCAUAGUGUUAACUACCAUGCUUAGCCUGUGACAUACUUUUGUUCCCAAAGCAUUCGUUUUCUUACUA